AUGCUUGACCCAUCUCGUCCACUCAACACCUCUCACAUCCCUCACCCUCCCGUCCAUGCCUUCCCUGCUACCCCCCUCCAUUUUCAGCCUCUUGACGUCUCUCGAGCUCGACUCCCCAUUCGCCCGUCGCUCUUAAAAUCUCUCGAGCUCGAUUCCCCAUUCGCCCGUCGCUCCAACUUCUACCAACACCGUACUCACGCGCCCCUCCCUCCCGUCCACCUCUUCCCCGCUCUCCACUCACUCUCUCUCCUCAUCCGUGCCUCAAAACUCACCCCCCUCACUCGCGCCUCCUCCCUCACCUCCCUCACUCUCUGGAACCCCGCUCCCUCCACCCUCUCCUCCCUCGCCGCCUCCUCCUCCUCUCUCCGCCUCUCCCUCAAAUCCCUCUCCCUCCACUCCGCAAAGCUAGAGUCCUGCCUCUCACCCCUCCGCCGCUUCCCCGCCCUCGCCUCUCUCUCCUUCCUCUCCUGCUCCAUCAAUCCCUAUGAGCUUCACACUCUCUCUCGCUCCCUCCACACUCUCACCCACCUUACCAUCCACGACUGUCCCUUAGUCUCUAGCCAUUCUCUAGCCGCUCUGGUUCAGGCCAACCCUGCUCUCUCCUCUCUCUCCCUCCACGGCACCUCCUACCGUCUCUUCAGUGCGCAGGGUUUCCGCUCACUCCUCCACCUCUCCGCACCCCGCUUGAACGCACUUGACCUCUCUGGGCUGCCGUCCGUUCGCCCCGGCAUGCUUGCUCACUGCAGCGGCCUUCAUUCCCUCUCCUUGGUAGGAAAGCCGGAAACAAUCUCUGUGCAAAGGGAGAGAGGUGGUGAGACCGGGGCAGGGGACGGGAGGGGUGGAGGAGGGAGGGAGGGAGAGGGGGGUGAGAGGGGUGAAGAAGGGAGGGAGGGAGAGGGGGAUGUGGAGGAAAGGGUGGUGCUUCAGCAAGUGUCGUUUGAGAGUCUUCUGGGUAUUCUGGUGCGCAUGGUGCAGAGGGGAGGAGAGGGAGGAGAGGGAGGAGAGGGAGGAGAGGGAGGAGAGGGAGGAGAUUGUUCGAACGACGUUCGAACGACGGCACCACCAGGGGAGAUUGUUAGAACUUUUGACUCUAGGAACAAGGGAGGGAGAAAGGAAUAUGUGGACAUUCGAACGACGGCAGCGGCAGCAAGAGCAGACCUGGUGGCAGCAGGUACAGACAUAUCCAAUCUCUUUGAAGCAACAAGCAAGGCCUUCACAACCGCCCCUGAUUCUGCCCGGUGGGCCCGCACAGCCCGCCCUGAAUACGCCCUAGCGGAGAUCAAAUCCGCUUCGAACAAAAUCAGAUCUGCGAUUUCGAUGUGCAAGGCGCUGCGGGUGGCGGUUUCUGAGCAAGACGCGGCGACUGCGAGAGAGGAUGGGGUGAUAGACACGUUUGUUGCUGCCAGGACUGCGGGCGUGUUUGUGGAUAGUCUGGAAAGGGCUAGUAUGGAAGGGGAGGGCGAAGGGGGAGGUAGAAUGGCUCGGCUGGAAGACUUUGAUGGAAUGCUGCCUGAUGAAGACUCGCUCAGUGAUGGUUCUGACAGUGCUUUUGGUGCUGAUGCUGCUGAUGGUGCUGAAGGGAGUGACGGUGAGGGUGAGAGUGGGAGUGAACCUGGAAGUGUUGCAGCUCGUCGCGUUCGCGACCCCAGCCCGUCGCCUCCGCUCCGCCCGUCGCCUUCACUCCCCCCCCCCCCCCCCCCCCCUCUUCCGUUGCCUUCAUUUCCCCCUCCCGUCGCCUUCACUUCCCCCUCCCGUCGCCUUCAUUUCCCCCUCCCGUCGCCUUCAUUUCCCCCUCCCGUCGCCUUCAUUUCCCCUCCCGUCGCCCUCAUUUCCCCCUCCCGUCGCCCUCACUUCCCCUUCCCGUCGCCUUCACUUCUCCCCUCCGAUGCCUUCGAUUCCCCCUCCCGUCGCCUUCCACGCCUGCCGCACUCGCUUUCCCGCCCGUCACAUUCGCUUCCCCACCCGUCACCUUCACUUCCCCUCCUGCUCCCUCACUUUCCCCCUGCUCACUCUCUCCCCCCCCCCACUCACUCUCUUUCCCCCUGCUCACUCGCUUCCCCCCGCCUCAUUCUCUUUCCCUCUGCUCACUCCUCUUGUUCUCACCCCGCUUUCCCCAUUUCUCACCCAUUUUCCCCCUUCAUGCUCUCUUUCUCUCUCUCCCACCGUCGCCCUCCCUUCCACUCCUCGUUGCCCUUGCCAUCCCUCCCUUCUCCCUUCCCAUCUCGCACACUUGUCACGCCCCCUUUCCAACCCGCACAUACACCCUUCCCUUCUUCCCUGUUUCCCCGUAUCCCCUGCGCUGCUUCCCACCAUCCUCCGACUUGCUCCCCCCAUCCCCUUCCCUGCUUUCCCCUUCCCCUCCCCUGCCUCCCCCCAUCCCCUUCCCUGCUUCCCCCCAUCCCCUUCCCUGCUCCCCCCCAUCCCCAUCCCUGCUUCCCCCCAUCUCCUUCCCUGCUUCCCCCCAUCUCCUUCCCUCCUUCCGCCUGUGCCCUCCCCUGCCUCCCCCCAUCCGCUUCCCUGCUUCCCCCCUUUCCCUUCACUGAUCCCCCUCAUCCCCUUCCCUGCUUCCCCCCAUCUCCUUCCCUGCUUCCCCCCAUCCCCUUCCCUCCUUCCCCCCAUCCCCUUCCCUGCUCCCCCUCAUCCCCAUCCCUGCUUCCCCCCAUCUCCUUCCCUGCUUCCCCCCAUCCCCUUCCCUCCUUCCCCCCAUCCCCUUCCCUGCUCCCCCUCAUCCCCAUCCCUGCUUCCCCCCAUCUCCUUCCCUGCUUCCCCCCAUCCCCUUCCCUCCUUCCGCCUGUGCCCUCCCCUGCCUCCCCCCAUCCCCUUCCCUGCUUCCCCCCUUCCCCUUCACUGCUCCCCCUCAUCCCCUUCCCUGCUUCCCCCCAUCUCCUUCCCUGCUUCCCCCCAUCCCCUUCCCUCCUUCCGCCUGUGCCCUCCCCUGCCUCCCCUCAUCCCCUUCCCUGCUUCCCCCCUUCCCCUUCCCUGCUCCCCCCUGUCCCCUUCCCUCCUUCCCCCCGUCCCCUCCCCUGCCUCCCCCCAUCCCCUUCACUGCUUCUUCCCAACCCCUUCCCUGCUCCCCCCCAUCCCCUUCACUGCUUUCCCCCUUCCCCUUCCCUGCUUCCCUCCAUCUCCUUCCCUGCUUCCCCCAUCGUCUUCUCUGCUCACCCUUGCUCCCUCUGUUUCACUCUUGCUCCCUCUGUUUCACCCUUGCUCCCUCUGUUUCACCCUUGCUCCCUCUGUUUCACCCUUGCUCCCUCUGUUUCACCCUUGCUCCCUCUGUUUCACCCUUGCUCCCUCUGUUUCACCCUUGCUCCCUCUGUUUCACCCUUGCUCCCUCCCCUUCUUCUCUUCUCACUUUCCUCCCCCUUGCUCACUCUCUUUACUUCUGCUCACUCUGUUCCCCCCUGCUUCCUCUCUUCCCCUCUGUUCAAUCUGUCCCCCGCUGCUUCUUCUCCUCCCCUCUGCUCAUUCCGUUUACUGUCUUUCCCACUACGGUAUUAUAUUAAUUAUUGA